AUGAAGGCUUUACAAAGAGUAGCGAACAGAACUCAGUUGACAGUAUGCCCACCUCCAAUGAUAUGGACAUAUGAAGUGUUCCACUCAGAGAGAGAGAGGAAGAGAGAAGAGAAGAAAGUGGAGGUGGACAGAAUGCCAAUAAACUCUGUUAGAAACACUUUGCUAAACCCGCAUGAAGAGAUGACAAAGAAAACUGUGUAG